GCUGAGAUGAUCUACAGUAGUCAGCUUGUAGCUCCAUGGAUUGACAACAGUUUCCUAGGAUGGUUCAUCUGCCCACGUCAUUCAUCUCGGGGACAUGGCUGGCUCAGAGAGACUGACAAUGAGAUUAUACUGAUGGUGACAGAUUAACAAGAGCUGGAAAAUGAAAGAUUAUUUGGAUGCCACACACAGGAGAUCUAGUGUACCAAAGAAUCAAUCACUUUCAUGCGGGAAAAAGUAAAGCGUGCCUACCACUCCUCUGUCAUAUUACAAUACUGGAUUGUGACACAUGGAUAUCGGAUUUUUGAUGGAUUUAUGAGCUAUCCAAGUAAUUUUAAUGAAAAUAGUUGAAUGACUGAUUGCAAAACUCCUUAACAAAUGCGGCAUGUUGUAGGUUUACCAUCUCCAUGACCUCUUUUCUUGAACAUAAAGAGUAAGCGCGAUGUUCACGUCAGCUGGAUAAAAUACAUAAUAGAAACUGGAUACGAUAUAAAAACUGCACUUAAUAUGGAUAAGGACACAAAUAUACUCAUUUGGUCUUUUCCAUUGGUAUUUUCAGUCAAUGGACAAAGAGGUGGUAUGUUUCGGGGAAUUUGUCCACUCAGUUCACUUCUAAUCCUUUCAGUACUGUCCUCAGUGGGACUUAGCAAUGUACCAGGAGUCGAAUAUGAUUGGGGAGCUCAACCCAAGUUAGUGUGCAUGCCCCUACCUGCAGACACUGAUCCAAGUUGUUUUCCCCCAGAUGGGGUUACUCAUGGCCCUAACAUUAAUGGAAAUAACAAUGGUCAUGGCAACAGUCACAGCAACGGACAUGGGAAGGGACAUUUUGUUGGAGGCUUGCCUAACAGUCCCCCUGGGGGCAGUAGUCGAAGGGGCAUGUCUGAUGAAGCAAAAGCUACUAUUCUACACUUGAGGGAGAGCCUAGUGCGUCAGAAGGAGACCAUUCUGGAUCAGAGGGAAACUAUACGAGAGUUGACUGCAAAACUGACACUCUGUGAGGGAUUUGGGAGGGGUGCAAGUGGGCACCACAAUGAAGACCACCAUGGACAUCUUGGCUCCCACCACUCUUCACAUCUCUAUGACAGUGACCGUCAUUCUGAUCCACACUAUCCUCUCAAUGGCUAUCAUAAUGACCAUCACAGAGGGAAGCCACCAUUUUUGGGGAAACAUGCAUUUUCCCCAGAACAGGCAGGAAAGACCUUGCAGGCUCUGAAAGAGAGGCUGGAAAAUUUACAGGCAAGAAAUUCAUCUAGCACCUAUUCUAGCUCACUGAAAGACCUUCUGCAGCGCAAAAUCAGUGCACUUGAAGAACAGCUCCACCGUCACCAUGACAGUCACCAUGACUAUGGCAACCACGAAUCCCACCCUGGGCAAGGCCAUCGUGAUAAUCACCAUGAUGACCAAAAUGGGGAUCGCCAUGCCAACCCUGAUAAUAACCGCCGCUAUGGUCAUAAUUACAAUCACUAUUAUGGCCAUAACUUUGAUCAGCUCAGCACUCACAAUAAUGAUAAUGAUGAUCAUCAUGAUGACCAUCAUAACAAUCACAAUGAUGACCAUCACGAUGACCACCAUGACAGCCACCAGAAUGAACACCAUGAUGACCAUCAUUCUGACCCCCAUGACAGUGGUCACCACAGCAACAGCAAUCACGGCCACCAGCGUCGUAGCCCUCUUAAAUCUACAGCGUCCAGAGCACGUGGUGCCUACAAUAAGCUGGAUUCUGUUCUGAGACAUCUGUAUCACAGGUCUCCAGAAACAGGGAACCAAAAGAGACGUAAGAAUCCUGAUGGUUUUCAAAUCGGGUUUCCGAUGCACACUAACUACAUGUAUGGCCGGAUCAAGCGCACUCUUCUCAAUGAAAUAUUUGCCCUAACUGUCUGCCUCUGGUUAAAGGGGGGUUCAGGUCCAGGAAUAGGCACCCCUUUCUCUUACUCUGUCCCUGGCCAGGCUAACGAGCUUGUCUUGAUUGAAUGGGCCAACAGUCCAAUAGAAUUACUGGUGAAUGACAAAGCUGUAACUCUACCUUUAUCUCUGCAAGACAGUAAGUGGCACCAUAUUUGCGUGACUUGGUCGACACGGGAUGGAGUAUGGGAGGCCUAUCAGAAUGGAGUGAAAAGGGGCUCUGGGGAAAAUUUGUCCCCAUGGCAUCCCAUAAAACCAGGAGGAGUCUUUAUACUGGGGCAGGAGCAGGAUACUCUUGGUGGCCGUUUUGAUGCUACGCAAUCGUUUGUUGGAGAAAUGUCAGACCUGCAGCUAUGGUCCCGUGUUCUUAACUCUCAAGAGAUAGACAACCAAGCCUCCUGUUCCAGCCACCUAACUGGAGAUGUUAUUGCUUGGAGUGAGUCUAUUGUGGAACUUCAUGGAGGGGUUACCAAAUAUCCAUUUGACCCUUGUCACUAAAAUGCCCAAGCAGGUUUCUGCUACUGUUUUUAAACCCUUAGAACCCCAUGAACACAAUCCUAAAAUGCAUAUGAUGGCAUAAAAGAAGAAUCAUUUAUUACUCUAAAAACGAGGCACAUGUUGUUAGAAACAGAAAGACCCUUUCCAAACAUCCUGGGUAUGAAAAACAGUAUCAGUGAGUAACCUGUGUUUGAAAAUAUUGUUUAUUGUGUAAUAUGCAUGGUCUUUAAAAUGCAUAUCAUUUUCAUGCACUUUUCAGAUUAGAAAGAAUGCAAAUUUUUUCAGACACGUGGUCUAAACUUCUUUGAUUUCUAAGAGUGUUUGAAGGAAUACAUCACUUGUGGUUAAAGGAUGUGAAAAAUGCUUAAAGGAAUCGAAUGUACUAAGGGUUAAGCAAUAACCACACAAUAUUUCUGUGUAGUUUUUUUUUAUAACAAAGGAAAUUUGGGUGAUUUGAUGAUUGAUGUCCAUUUGGAUGAUUGAAAAAUGUUGGUGAGUGACAAGGAAAGACAUUUUUAUUUGUUUAUUAGCUUUUUUAAGCAGAUCUUAGCAGCAUAACAAAGACAAAUUACGCAUUAAUUAGUCCUGUAAAUAAAUUAUAUUUCAAGGUGCUUGUCUGCUUCUCUGUCAUGUUCAGGUAUUACUUCAGGGAAAAGCUUAGUUGUACGUUUUUUUCAUACUUAUGCAACUUUGAACUUGUGUGUGCAUGUGUGUGUAUGUGUGUGUAUGUGUGUGUGUUGGUGGGUGGGUGGACUGUGUGUUGAUACUGUGUAAUAUGUAUCAGUGUAAAAGUAUUUUAUUCUUUUUUUUUUCAUAAAAAUAUUUAUUAACAUCUUUAUUUCAUACCAGUGUGUGUUUGAGUACUACAGGUAGGUGGGGUGUUAAAAUGGAUCUGCAUAUGUACAUGCAGUGAGAGAGGAGCUGCAUGAGAAUGCAGAGGUGUCCAUGGCAACGUAGCUUAAAGAAGGAUUAAACAGACAAAGAGAACGCUCGGGUGUAGACCUAUUCUCUUAGAAUGCAGAACAUGCAAUGUUCUUCUCUCUCUCUCUCUCUCUCUCUCUCUCUCUCUCUCUCUCUCUCUCUCUCUCUCUUGUUCUGUAUUUUGUAAGAACACAUACAGUACUGUAUGAUUGAAAAGCAUGUAAAAAGCUUUAGGAUUCUGUUUGACACUGUUUUUACUCUCAUUUUUAUGGAACAUAAAUUGAAUCGAUUUUAUGCAAAUGUUCAGAAAUGAGCAAUGUAUC